AUGAAGAAAUUAAAAGAAUAAUGUUUAGAAGCCUUAAAAUUUUCAUCAGAUUGUAAAUUUAUUUUAUGAUUUUUAGUGUAAUAACAAUUAGUUUAAGUUAAAAAAGAUCUUUUAGAAAAAACACAACAAAUUACAAAAUUAUAAUCUGUAAUUUAGAUGAUUGAUUGUGAAGCUUCAGAUAUUUAAGACUUAUUUUGGAAAGUUCAAAAAUAAACUUUAAGCAUUAAAUAAAGUGUAAGGGAAGCUGAAGAAAAAUCUAAUAAUUCUGAAGCGAUUGAAAAAUAAUUUGAAGAACUUUAAGAAAAAAUUAUAAAUCUUGAAGAGCUUGUAUUCACACAUCUUUUCAAUAAUAAAAUGAAUCUAAAGAAGAAUAAUAAGAAAUAAAGUGAUUAGAAUAAAGAAAAUAAUGAGGAUAAUUUAAAUGAGAAAGAAGUUCAAAAUAAGAAAAAGAAAUAUAUAAGUACUAUAAAAAAAACUCAAAAUGAAUAUGUUAAUAAUUUCAUCAAUGAGGAUUCAGAAGAAGAAGAUAGAGAAGAUUAAAAAAAAUAUAAGAAAAGAUUAAGACGUAGAACUGCUAUAGAUUAAUCAAAUAACUUGAUAAAUGAUAUUUUUAAUUUUAAUUGA